AUGAAGUUUGGUAAUUGGAAAAGAUUCAAAGAAGGAUUAAAGAAAUUAGCAGCUGCAUUAGCAGUUGGUGCUAAAUUAGGUGGAAAUAUGAUAGAAAAAGCAAAACCAUUAAUAGAUACUGCUGUUGAUUUUAUUCCAGGUGGAAAUAUUAUUAAAAAAGGAACAGAAAUAAUGAAUAAAUUAGCAGAACCUACAAGUGAAGCAUUGAAUAGAAUAGCAUCAGGUGAAAAUGUUAUUAGUACAACUAAAAGAUAUUUAAAUGAAAUUAAAAAUGAAAUACCAAAUGAUAUUACUAAAACAGCAAGUAAUAUUAUCAAUCAAAUACCUGAAAGAAAAUCAAUAAAAAGAAAAAGAAAACCAUUAUUAUUUGCUAAUAGACUUAAUAAUGAAGAAGUGAAUGAUAAUAUAAUAGAUGAAAUAGAUGAAGAAGAUGAAGUAGAUGAUUAUCUAUAA